UGUAGCUGGCGGGCGCUAGGUUCCUCCGGUAGGUUUCGCGUGUGCGGGUUUCUGCAGAUCUGGGGCGAGCUUGCACGUUACAUCACCAUUGCAUCUCUCCUUGCUUGUUCAAGUUGCCACCACUUUAGACGUGUGUGGCAGAAGUCGUAGAGCCGCGGAAUUGGGACGAUCUUGGUUACCAAUUUGUAAACUCCAGGCAGAGCUGCGUGUACGAUUUGGACGCAGACGUGGAUUGCAGGGGAUUUGAUUUUUCUUGACUUUGCAGCUCCUCUUUGGCCUCGUUAGCUUCUCAGAUCAGACGUUAAGGGGCGAAAAAUCAGAAAAGCAAUUACUCUUUCCUGACGGGGUUUUCAGGGGAGAAAGAAUAGCGACGUGAUUAUGCCUAUAGCCCUAUAGAGAUUGGUCCCUCUGUCUUCCCCUUAUAAUUGUGGCCUGUUAACUUUCCUGUGUAUACUGCCAAAAUGAGUGACCGCUAUUUAGAACAAAGGAUUAGUAUAAAAUUUUGCGUGAAAUUGAACAAGUCUGCAAGUGAGACCCACCAUCUUUUAAAAGAAGCCUAUGGGGAUGAAGUCAUGUCAAGGGCCCGAGUUUUUGACUGGCACAAACGAUUUAAAGAAGGGCGGGAAGAUGUUCGAGACGAUGCACGAAGUGGUCGGCCUGUCACCCACAGGACCGAUGAAAAUAUCCAGAAGGUCAAGGACUUGGUUUGUUCAAACAGGCAGUUAACCGUGAGGAUGAUGGCUGAAGAGUUAAAUUUAGAUAAAGAAACCGUUAGACUCAUUCUGAAAGAAAACUUGAACAUGAGGAAGGUUUCUGCCAAAGUCAUAUCAGGUAUUUUGAAAGAUGAGCCUAAACAUGGAAAACUUGAUUUGCGAUCACAUCUGUCAAAGGACACUAGGAAAAACAGCUCAUGUGUGAAGAAGAAGUUAACAAGUUCUGAAACAUGGAGUCAUCUGCAGGGGGAAGCUGGUGGRGAAAUGCCUCUGUCUGUGUCGGGUCCCAGAAUCCAUUACCCUGACAACCAACUUCUGCAGCCAUCAUCUUCUGCCAGCUUUCCCAUCAGAGUGGCCCAGGAUUGGUUCACACCCUGGUUAAAAGAAUCUGAGGGUAGCUGAACCUGAGCUAGGAAGUUGCAUUACUGUUGGGCAGCUUCAUUUGCUGCUCCUGUUUUCGGUCUUCUCUACCGCUCCUCCUUGCUGGCAUGGCCUUCCUAUUUUAUGCUGGACUGUGGCCAUCUCCCUUG